AUGGAUGAUAUUUCCCCCGAAUACGAUGUGGUCGUCCUCGGCACCGGCCUGACGGAGUGUGUCCUUUCUGGUGUUCUCAGUGUCAAGGGCAACAAGGUGCUCCAUAUCGAUCGCAAUGAUCACUACGGAGGCGAGGCUGCCUCUGUGAACAUUGAGACUCUUUUCAAGAAAUACGGCAACGUCCCCGCCGGCCAGGAGCCCUGGAAGAAGUAUGGCCGCGUCAACGACUGGAACGUGGAUCUGGUGCCUAAGCUGCUGAUGGCAAAUGGCGAGUUGACGAAUAUUCUGGUUUCUACCGACGUUACGAGAUACCUUGAGUUCAAGCAAAUUGCCGGUAGCUACGUCCAACAAGGAAAGGGUCCCAAGGCCACUGUGGCCAAGGUGCCUUCCGAUGCAGGUGAAGCUCUGCGCUCAUCUCUCAUGGGCAUGUUCGAGAAGCGUCGGGCUAAGAAGUUCCUGGAAUGGGUUGGUGAAUUCAAGCCUGAAGACCCUGCUACUCACCAAGGCUUGAACAUCGCUACAUGCACAAUGAAGGAUGUCUACGACAAAUUCUCGCUGGAGGACAACACUCGUGACUUCGUUGGCCACUCCAUGGCUCUUUUCCAGACUGACGAGUACAUCAACGCCCCCGGAACUGCCACCGACGCCAUCAACCGUAUCCGUCUCUAUGUGAACUCGAUGGCCCGGUACGGAAAGUCCCCAUACAUCUACCCUCUAUAUGGUCUGGGAGAGCUUCCUCAGGGUUUCGCUCGCCUUUCCGCCAUCUACGGAGGUACCUACAUGCUCAACACCGAUAUCGACGAGGUUCUCUACGAUGGCAGCGGCAAGGUCUCCGGCAUCAAGGCUACGAUGAAAGACCGCGAGGACAAUGGCGAGACCAUGAAGUUCGAAACCAAGACGAAGAAAAUCAUUGCAGACCCCUCCUACUUCCCCGGCAAGGUUUCCGUUACUGGCUACCUGCUGAAGGCAAUUUGCAUUCUGAAGCACCCCGUAGACAAGACUGAUGGCAGCGACUCUCUUCAGCUGAUUAUCCCCCAAUCUCAGGUUGGACGCAAGCGCGAUAUUUACAUUGCCGUGGUCUCAUCGGCGCACAACGUCUGCCCCAAGGGAUACUACAUUGCCAUCGUCUCCACGAUUGCCGAGACGGAUGCCAACCACCACCUCGAACUGGAGCCAGGGUUUGAGCGCCUUGGUGAAAUCGAAGAGAAGUUCUUCGGACCACCCAUUCCUCUGUACACUCCUCUUGAGGAUGGCCGGAAAGACAACAUCUACAUCUCCAAGAGCUACGACGCCACAUCUCACUUCGAGACCACAACUGAUGAUGUGCGGGACGUUUACCAACGUGCGGCUGGUGAAGAGCUUGUCGUUGAAGGGCUCCGGGAAGGCCAGACGCUUGCAGAGGAGUAG